AUGGCUCUAUUGGCCGACAACUGGGCUUUGGCUUUUCUUGGCCUUGACUGCCAAGCUGUUGCGGAUGCCACCAUCACCAGUCGUCGGAAUUCGGUUGACCCCUCCUGCAUUGGCUCUGAAGCGAAAGCUACGAACGGCACCACGGGUCCAGAACCCUCGAACGACCGCCUUACCCCCGUCAACGAGACAUUGCCCUCUGCUACUCCCACCGAGCCCUUCGUGCCUUUCGUCCAUCUCUUGACACCCGAGCCCGAGAGUCAACCAACAGCAGCUCCGGCGCAACCUCUCAGUCCCAACCACUCCAAGACCCGAAGCCGAUCAGGGACAAAGACAGCUGCUCAUGAUGGAGUUCGCCGUCUGUCCGCGUCCAAGAUCCAAGAACUGACGAACGCUCCCGAGUCUCUGCCCAUUGCGACAGCUCCCGACCGCCAGCCCGCUGAGCCUACAUUCUCACCAGCUCUCGCCGAAGUAAGCUCCAGACUCCAGUCUCAACUGGGAAUCGCAAAUGGGAAUGGUCCAAAUACAACAAGCACGAGAACUCACCCGCAAAGACCUACAAUCGCCCCGCGAACGGUGUCUACUCCACCGGUGAGCAGGCGUCUGACGGCCACAGCCGCCCAACAAGCUCAUCCAGCUCAGCAAGCCUCGAUCCGUCGCAACUCGUACCAGCCGAAUCCUCGACCGCCGCCUCUCGAUCUCGAUGGAACAAGCAACUUUGACCCUGGCGCCGAACCCAGGGCCGGCCCUCCACCACGCCAGCCCGAGCCUGACCCGGCGCCCCCGGCGCCCCCAUCCCCCAUACCGCAGUCUAUCCCUUUACCGCCCAUGUCAGUACCUACACUCUUACAACUCGAGCUGGCUGGAUCGCGACCGAGUCCCCUAUACAUCCACCACUCGUACACUAGCGACAUCCCCUACGAGUCCAGCGCAAUCAAGUUCGAGCGGUUGAAGAACUUCUUGAUUCUACCCUUCGUCCUCGAGAGAUCUAUAACCUUUGGUGCUUUGGCUUGUCUGGACGCUUGGUUAUGGACCUUCACUAUCCUACCAAUGCGCUUUGGGAUUGCCGUGUCAAUUUAA